CUCGUUCUCCGAUCUUCAUUCAGGCCCUUUUUCGGUCUGCCACGCACCGUUAUAGCCAUACCAGGGACCUCUCCGUCACCCUCUCGCACCCCCUCCUACUCCGCGUACGAAUAAAAGAGCCCAUCACAAUCAGACCGUCGCAUCAUUUGCAUCCUCUUCCUGAUAACAAGUCAUCUCAAUUCUCUCUCUUUCUCAUCAUCACGUCGUUAAGGCCGGAUCCUCCUCUAUUGCCAUCUAUUUAAACCGUCUUCCAUAUACCCAGCAACCUGCCACUGCUUUAGUUUCUCGCGUGGAAAACUCGCCAUCUGGUGCAGAUUGGGGACAAAUUUGACUUUUAAACAAGUGAUAGAUUUAAACAGAUUUCAAUCCACCUGUUAUAUCUCUGUUGUGAAAACCUUCUGCUCUUGGACUACAGGUGUUACCAAUUAAAUACCACUCCACAUGCUCACACAGGAGAAGGGCAUAUCCAUUAUGCCAGCUUUAUAUCCAACCCCGAUGACCCGAACAUUACUGAGGAGGGAUCCCCCGUCCUGCGCACGCGCAUUCACAAGUCAUCCAACAUAUCCAGAACAGUCUUCGCUGUCCCUCUGCUCCAACUCUCGUUUCAACAUAACUCCGGAACCAGCGAACAACGCCGCAGUACCCAUGGCAACAAAAGUCGCCGCAGCACCGAAGAGCGAUAAACCUGCGAAAAGUCAUAAACGUCGCCAGCUGAAUAACUGCACGAGCUCGAAAAGAGUGAAGCUUGCGCCUGACGUUCCAUCCACGAAUUCGUCAACGACUACAGCGAUGCCAAAGAGAAAACGUUACCAAAGAAAUCGAUGUCGCACUCGAAGCCCCGCCUGCAUUCAGAAAAUUCGUCGUCAUCGGAGACUCAAGGCUAACGACCGCGAGAGGAACCGCAUGCACAAUCUCAACUACGCUCUCGAUGGUCUAAGAGAAGUUUUACCCAAGUUCCCAGACGACACAAAACUCACAAAGAUUGAAACCCUUCGGUUCGCCCAUAAUUACAUUUGGGCUCUAUCUCAGAUGUUGAACAUGGUGGACAGCAGCGAAAACGGUUCAGGAGCGGAGAACCCGUUCUCGGCUCUUCAAGCGAUGACGGGGGCUAUGACGGGAGCGAUGUCGGGAGGAGCGUCGGCCGCAAGUAUGUGCCAGCGUGUGGCUCAUGAGGCGAUGAGGAACGAGCAAAAACAACUUUUGAGCUGCAGGUAUGAACUUUCUUCCCCUAUGGUGAAGGAAGAAACAUCAUCUUGGGAUUAUCUAUAUCCAGAGAGUCCCGAAACAUCGGACUCAUCUCCUGAACCACCGAUGUUUUCAAAGCAUUCUCUUCUGCAGACGUCACCCUUCAAACGCUCACCUAGUCAGACGACAUACAUGCAUAAUCGCGAUAUCGUUGAUCGAUUAACGCCAUGUGCCUGGCUCACAAAUUAACAACUAUCCAAACUAAACUUCUACAACUCACAGAUUAAACUUUCAAGAGAGUUUGAAUUAUCUUCUGCGGAAAAUUAUGAACUAUUUUCACCUCUGAAACACUGCCUCAUGAACUAUGAAAGCGAACGAUUUCCAGAAUCAAUUCUUCGUUUGACAUAUUCAAUUGUGUUUCAUCUAAAGAUAAUUAUUUCUCACUUUGUAUCGUGCGAUUGAUUAUAGAUAACAGUACUUUUAAAGAUCUCAGCUACCAUAGAUUACGUGUCAACCCUCAACCCAUUUUAUUUUGUUGAAACAACUGCUAUAACUCCAAUAAAAUGUGCAAUUUCUUUCCUCCAUAAUCAGUACAUAACUAAAGGUCAACUCAAACCGUCCAAUUUUUUUCAUAUACCAGCUUCCAGGGGGCAGGUGAUCCGACCUUUUAAAAUUCUAAAUGUACUUUAAAUUUUACCCCCAAAAUAAGUCUUAGGUCGCAUCUUUCAUACAGCUUGAUACAGCUUGUGCUUUAUGAUAUAAUAUUUCAUUUUAUAUGACAAUAAUUAGUCAUUAUUAAAAUGGAGAUUAUUUUAGAUUAACCAGAACAGAAAUACGAGAAGAGUAGAUAAUUAUUUCGAAAUGAGAAUGUUGAUGUACACGAGCAAUAUUUCUUGGUAUGGCAUUUGCAUGUCUUUUUACAGAGUAUCGAAUGUAUAUACUGUGUAUUUAUAUUGUGCUCACACGUGUCAAAUGUAAUUGAUAUGUACAUAACGCUGGGUGCUGGAUAUAUUUUAUGAAUGAUUUUGUAAAUAUAUAGAUACGUUUUCAGGUGUGAGUAUUUUAUAUGAGAACAACCUCAUCGAGGGCAAAUGUUGCAAUAAUAUCGCGAAAUGAAACAAGUAAUAAGUGUUUUAUUUCUCAUUUUCAUGACAGUUGAGAUACACUUGUAUGCGUACACACUGUAUAUAAUAACGAAUACUGAAUUUGACCAUUAAUA